GACAUUACCAGGUUAGGAGAAAAAUCUAAGGGGACCAUGCAUCAUCAUCUUUUCCUUUUAUUGGUGACUGCGUGUCUUGCACGUGCAGACAAUCACGGGGGUGUCACGUGGAGUCCAAAGGCCAAUGAAGUCAUCGACUUGACGCACCAUUUGCAUCCAGAUACUCCCGUGUUUCCCGGAAGUGUGGGAUUCAACUACACUCGCAUCCACAGAGGACCGUGGGAGCACGGAGCAGGAUGGCUAGAAGACAAUGAUAUUUGUGGAUCAGACUUAAUGGGUACUGCCCUUCUUGCGCCUGCGCGAUGGGCGCAAAACAGAUGGUACGUCAACGAGAUUCCACCGCACAGGUUCUUUGGUCCUGUGGUGAAAGUGGACGUUUCAAUGAAGGUCGAGAAUUACAGCAACUACAAUUUAUUGGUGAGCGACCUGAAGAGCUGGGAAAGCCAACAUGGCCGAAUACCCGACAACGCUAUCCUACUCGUUCAAACGGGAUGGUCCAAGCAUUAUGGAAACAAAACUGCUUACUUUGGAACUGAUGCUGCCUCGUUCUUGAUAAACGGAGAACCAACGACCAAUCACCCCGGGAUAUCCGAUGAAGCUGCUAUGUGGCUAGCAGAGAACACAACAGUGUAUGGGGUGGGCAUUGACUCCCCUGGUAUUGGCCCCAGUUCCACAUACACCGCAAUCACUUCACUGCACAAAAGAAACAUCUACACCAUCGUUGGAGCAGUUAAUCUCCAUAAGGUCCCGGCGAAAGGGUAUUCCUUGGCUGCCUUGCCUAUGAACGUAGAGAAUGGUACUGCGUCCCUUGUGCGUUUGUUGGCAUUUAGGACCAUUAAAUUAAGUCCUAAACCUGAGGACACUGUGGAUUUGACGUAUGCGUUGAACAAUGACACCGUGAUGUGGAUUGGUAGAGCCCCCUUUCAGUUGUUUAGCGUCCAUAAAGGGCCCAUUAUAAUCGGGAAUAAUAAUUUGUGGAUUGAAACAAACCGUUUCUGUGGUCCAGAACACAUGGGAACCCACCUUGAUGCUCCAACACACUUUAUCAAAGACUCUUGGAGAAUCCAUCAAAUCCCCCCUCACGGCCUCAUUGGCCCCGCUGUGAGAAUAGACAUCGACCAAAAGGCUGCAAACGACCCGGACGCAGUUCUCACGGUCGAAGAGAUCAAGGCAUGGGAAAGAGAAAACGGGCGUAUACCGGAAAAUGCCAUUGUUUUCCUAUAUACCGGAUGGGGGAAAUAUGUUAACAAUUUCACGGCAUAUCUUGGAACCGAUAACCAUGAGAAUUUUAUUGACGAGAAUGGCGUGCCGAGGACACACUGGCCAGGCUUCUCAGCUGAGGCCGGAGAAUGGCUUGUCAGCGAGCGACAGAUCCUUGGAGUGGGGAUUGAUGCUUUAAGCUUCGAUGUUGGCUUCACUGUUUUGUUCAAGGCCCACGUUUCAUUCCUUGGAGCACGAGUUCUAGGUUUGGAAAACAUUGCGAACCUGGACAAGUUGCCCAAAACUGGCACUACUGUGUUUGUUUUCCACAUGGUAUACGUUGAUGGAAGCGGGGCAGCGACCAGGGUUGUGGCCCUAAAAGAUGGUCUUCAGACUCCAACGACCCCAGCGCCCCCUACCAGUCCACCCCCAACGCAGUGUGUGACAGGAUCUGGUUGGCGUGUUCUUGCCUCUCUCCGCAGAACCGCUGUAUUGGCUUUUGUUAUUUGCUUCCUAGCCGAGAUAUUUUGAUCUGAAGUGAACAUACCGAUACAAAAGUCAAGUAUCUAACUGUGGCCCCCAUCUGCCCCGGUCCUUGGAUUCCAUUGAUUUACAUGCCAGGAUCCUGGGCCAUCUAUCUCCGAAACACUGUUUCUUCAAUACCCUUUACGCAGUGUGUCACUGUAUUCUGCGCCAUCUAUCGUUUAUAUUAGACACUGGAUUAUCUUGCUAAAAACGUUUGAAUGACAAACCUAAUUCCCUUUAAUCAUAGCAUAGGGAUUGAUUUCAGAUAUUGUGUAUUCCAAUAUAAUGCAUGUAGAACUGUCGUAUAAAAAUGAAUGUUUCUCAAAGGGCAAUUGCGGCCAUUUUGUAAGAAUCUGCAAAGUCUACAAUACUAAAGUAUAUGUAUAUAUAAUCUCAUUUAAACCCAGUAUAACAUCUGGAAUAUGCCAUGAGUUUAAAUUUGUGAACUAAAAUUGAUGUUUUUCGUUAUUUUGAUGAAAUAUAUAGUGAAAAUGAUAUUUAUUCGCAUUCUAUAUUUUUCCACUGGACUUGGAAGGACGUAGAAGUCAGUAGUAUUUGAAGUUUUAAACUGGAUGUUUAGAAUGAUAUUAUACCAUUUAAAACUACUUGCAUGCACCUAGAUACACUUUAUUGGGAUAACUUUAGAUAUUAUAAUAUAAAUAAAUA